AUGCGUCUCUUCCUCAAGUCUGCAAUGCACGCCAAGUCGUCGCUGCUUCAAACACGCUCGUUUGCAACAAACGUGUCCGAGCUGAGCUCUGUCGUGUUCAAGGACCAUCUGCGCACUGUUCAGAUGGCCGAAUCAAAGGAGACAGUACUGCCCGGUGGUCGUGACAAGUUUCCUCUACUGCCCAAGGCAUUUGCUGGUAUCAAGCAGGUCGGUGUGAUUGGCUGGGGCUCGCAGGGCCCUGCCCAAGCGCAGAACUUGCGUGAAUCGCUCGAGGGUACGGACAUCAAGGUCAAGGUUGGUCUGCGUGAAGGCUCGUCGUCCAUUUCCAAGGCCAAUGACGCUGGGUUUUGUGAGGACAAAGGCAACUUGGGUGAGAUGUUUGACGUCAUUAAGGAAUCGGACCUCGUUGUGCUGCUUAUUAGUGACUCGGCAUGUGUCAAUCUAUACCCCAAGAUCUUCCCGCUCAUCAAACCGGGCGCCACUCUGGGUCUUUCGCACGGUUUUCUGCUGGGUCACCUCGAGUCGGUACAUGAGUCUUUCCCGAAGGACAUUAACGUGGUCAUGAUGGCCCCGAAGGGCAUGGGCCCCAGCGUCCGUCGUCUCUACGUGCAGGGCAAGACGGUCAACGGUGCUGGAAUCAACGCUAGUGUGGCCAUUCACCAAGACGUAACGGGCAACGCGUCCGAGAUUGCUCUUGGUUGGAGUGUGGGCGUCGGUGCCCCCUACACCUUCUACACGACCAUGGCCGAUGAGUACAAGUCGGACAUUUUCGGCGAGCGCUGCAUCCUACUCGGUGGUGUGCACGGCCUCGUUGAGUCGCUUUUCCGCCGUUACGUGCAGAACGGAAUGAGUCCCGAGGACGCUUUUAAGAACACGGCCGAGUGCAUCACUGGUCCGCUGAACCAAAAGAUCUCGCACGACGGCAUCAAGUCGGUGUACGAGAGCUUCAAAGGAGAGGACAAGAUCAUCUUCGAGAAGGCCUACACGGCCGCCUAUACGCCCUGCCGCGAUAUCAUUGAGGAGGUGUACGAUGACGUGGCAUGCGGAAACGAGAUCCGCAGCGUCAACAAUGCUGUGGCUCGCCACGAUCGCUUCCCGUUCGGCAAGAUCGACCAGACGUACACGUGGAAGAUUGGUGAGAAAGUGCGUGCCGCUCGCGACGGAAACUUUGUCAUGAACCCCUUCACAGCCGGUUCGUACGUGGCCAUGAUGAUGGCUCAGAUUGACGUGCUCAUUAGCCACGGCCACUGCUACUCGGAGGUCGCCAACGAGUCGGUGAUUGAGUCGGUGGAUUCUUUGAACCCGUACAUGCACGCUCGUGGUGUCGCCUACAUGGUUGACAACUGCUCCACGACGGCGCGUCUUGGCUCCCGCAAGUGGGCACCGCGCUUUGACUACAUCUUGACGGAGCAGGCAUACGUUGCCGUGGACGACAACAAGAUUAAGAACGAGGCAAAGAUCAUGAGCGAGUUCAAGAACCACAAGAUCCACGAGGUUCUCGAGGUGUGCUCUUCGAUGCGCCCAAGCGUUGACAUUGCUGUCGAGUAA